GGUUGGGCAGGCAGAGAGGGGCACGGCGCCCGGCCGGGACAGUCGGGCCGGGCGCCGAGACCCGCUCAGACGGUCCGCUCGGCGCGCGGUGAAAGGUCCGCCGCCAGAGAGACGCGUCGCGCUGUCUCCGGCACCAGGUCGGCCGUGCGGGUCCCGUGCUGUCUCCGGCGCCAGGUCGGCCGCACGGGUCCCGCCGUCUCCGGCACUAGUUCGGGAGCACGGAGACCGGGCCCAACAGCCCGGCAUGGCCGCGCCGCGACAGCAGAGACGACGCCAUCGGACACCACAGACAGUUUCAGUGACGCUACCCGGAUAGCCGACAAGGAGGGAUCGAGGAUAUCUGCACAGGCCACCCACCAUGAACAGAGUUCGCUGUAGAAGGCUGCGAGCUUACAGAGGCGGAUACCAGUGCCCAGUUUACUAUGUUUAGAGACUUGGCGAUUCUUGUGGUGGUCGCGCUACUCUGGAGCGGCGGUCGGUGGGGAUCGGCCCGGCUGCACCAGACCAGCCCGGACGACUGGGACGGCACGAUCGACACCUCCGACCCUCAGCUGACGGACUUCCCAGAGAUCAGCAAUGGAAGGUGGCCGGCGCCCCGGCGGAGGAGCGCGCGGCACACCUGGCUCCCGGAGCCCUCUGACGGGCCGCUGCCGCUGCCGGACGAGCUCGAGUCGCCAGAGGCCGACCGGGAGGCCAGCCUGGCCACGCUGCGGCGCUACAGCCCGCGGCGCGGCGGCUUCUCCGUCUGCUGCCCGGCCGGCGAGGAGCUCACCAGCCCGCGCGCCGGCACGCGCCGCGACGGCAGCCUGGGCAUCCUGUACGUCGACGACAAGUUCCGACAGAUGUUCUUUGAGCGCUCGUGCCGGGCGCGUGCUGACGACGAGGACUCGUUGGCGGAGCGCCGCCGCCGCCGCAGGUACCGCUGCGUGCAGCAGUACUCACACUCGUACGCCGUGUACAAUGUGAACGGUACAAAGGUGCUAGACUAUAUCCGCAUCAGGAGCGGUUGUAAGUGCGAGGUAAAGAGCAAAAGGAAGCGCAAACGGCGAGGUGAGGCGUAAAAGAGACGGUGAGCGCAUAACUCGCGAGUUGGUAGUGACUUUACUGCGAUACGAUGCGAGGUGAACGAAAACUAUGACUACAAAGUGAAGUGACAUACAUGCAUUUGCAGUGCUUCGAGACACCCAUGUGGUCUCCGAACUAUCAGUCACAUGUGCCGGAACUGGGAGCAAAGUGUGGGCGUGGACCUUGCUUCGUGGUGCUAUUUGGUGCUCCAGCGCCAUGUGUUGUUCUGUGUUUCCGUGUUCUGGUGCUACAUCUGUUCUCUUUUCUGUGUUUAAGUGGCCGAAAGCAAGGUGUGUUGAAUACGAAUACGAAUACGAAUACGACGCUAACUUAACUGACAUAAGGUGUGUGCGGUAGUUUGUUGCGUUGAAUAGUAAAACGUGACAUCAUAUAAUUUGACAGUCAAUUUUGUGACACGGAUGUUCGCAUGUUGCAUGUUCCUUAUGUUGUAUGUUUCAUGCCGAGUUGCAAAUCCUGAGACACUUGAUAAGCAGAGACUGAGACAGCUCUACCAACAUACGGUGAUGAUGUAUCCGAGGAUAAAAAUAUUUGAGCCUUAUGCAAUUGACGAUAACCGUGAACAGUUGCAAAGCAUGAUGGUUAACAAUGAUUUGCAUGAGGGAUUCGGCUUAUUGACGGUACAAAUGUUGUGGCUUCAGAGUUCAGGCUUGUGGUGUUAACUGGUGUUAUUCUUUCUAUAUGCUACCGUAUUUAUACGAUUAUAACACCAAUAUUAAUGUCCGACGCUUAUCGAUGACUUUUCCUUUUACAUGUAUGAUCCUCGCUCCAUGAUGUUCGUUUCUGGUCGCCGACUAGGCACUUCUUUCUAUAACAACGAGUGCUACGAUUAUUUAAAUAUAUUCUUACAUACUU